AUGGAAACAAUCACACCCGAUAUAGCAAAUGGGUAUCCAUCAACUACAACUAAUGAUGCUAAAAUACCCCAAAUGCUAUUAAAUAAUCAACAAAACAAAGAUAUUCAAAAAAAUUCAACAGAAAGUCAAGCAAAUACUAACGGAUACCAGUCGACUACUCAAAAAACACAAAUUACAAUCAAAGAAACAGAUAAUCAAGAGUAUAUUCCAACAUUUUUAGAUUUAUAUUUGAAAUAUAAAGAUAAUUACAAAGAUCUUUCAUUAGUAUUCAAUGAUCCAUGUGUUAAUGGAUUCCUUAUUAACAUAAUUUGCCUUAUUGGAACCCAUAUUUGGUCUUAUGAUUCACAAUAUCCGUAUAAAAUGAUAACAACAUUCUUAACUUCAUAUAUACUAGUAUUUAUUGCAACAUUUUAUCUCAUUUACGAGAAUUUAUACAUUGAUAAAUUCAAAAAUUACAGAAUAUUAAUUUCUAUUGCGAUACCAUUUGCAGUAUAUGCGAUCACAUUCCUUCAUUUCCAAUAUUUUAUAUACAUCUGCCUGUUUUUAGCAAUUUUAGGCAAAAUUAUUAGUGUUUUUACGCAAAAUUCAACAGAAUUUAAUGCUUCUAUCACAAAACUUGUUUGCAAAUGGAUAUUUAAGGACAAAACAUUCGUUUCCGUGCUAGUUUUCACAUUAUUUUUAUAUACUUUGUUUUCAUUUAUGAUGAUUUUAUCAUCUUGGGCAUUUUGGGACUUUUUCUUAUGGACACAGCUUUACCUUUUAGUUUCUUAUCUAAUAACAACAGGAGUUAUCGCAAAUAUUGUCUAUAUGAUCUCAUCUUAUUACACAGCAAAAAUUUAUUUCACAAAAGUGAAUGAAAUCACGAAAAGUGACUAUUUUGGAGGUAUUAAAAGGAUUCUGUUGUAUAAUAUAGGUGAUGCUUUUCGAUGUGCACUACACCAACCUGUUUUUGGUCUCGUAAAUUCGCUUGCAAAGUUGGAUGUAAUAAAUCAAGGAAUUUUUGUAAAUUCUGUCAGAAAUUUCGGUUUAAGAUUGAAGGAGAAGCUUAACCAAAGGUAUGGAUAUCAUUCCAGGAAGGCCCUUGUCUACUGCGCUUUGUUUGAAGACGAUUACAAUUUCGCGCGUGGAAAAGUCGAAAAGAAAAAUAUUUUUGAAAAAUUUGACAAAAAUGACAUGAUUUUAUCAUUUAGAACUCUUUGUUUCGGGAUCGCUGUUGCACAAUUAACUAAUGCAAUUGGCCCGAGAUUCCCUCGUUUUGGUCUUUCUUAUUCUCGUGGUUUUGUUUUGGUUUUUGGGUAUUUCUACAUUAUUAGAUCAAUGAUGAAGGGAUUUUCUGAUACGAUAUUCAUGUUGUUCAACGACAUUCCUGAGAAUGCUGACGUUUUUCGUGAUGGUUUAACUCACGAAUUAACUAAUAUUAUUAGACCAAAUAAUAUUUUAUUGUAA